AUGGCCGCCAUCGCCGUGGACAGGUUCACGUCGCUCGCGCAGCCACUCCGCUACAACAACCUCAUCACGCACCGCUCCGUGGAGCGCUACAUCGCCGGCCUGUGGCUGUACGCCGGCCUGGUGGGCACGGCGCCCCUCGCCGCCAGGGUGUGGGGGCCCGGCGUCGGGGGCGCGCCCCCUCCCGCGCCGUGCUCCGGGGCGGCGCUGCUGCGUCCCCCGGGCGUGGCGGUGUUCCUGCUGUGCGCCGUCUACGCGCCCUGCAUGGUGCUGGUGGUGGGCUGCUACUCGUACGUGUACCUGGUGGCGCGCAACCACCACCGCGCCAUCUACAGCGUCGAGGUGUCUCUCCGCCACGGCCACGACGCGCCCUACGCGUCGCGCUACACCUCCACCCUCGCCAUCACGGUCGGCUUCUUCGUCUGCCUGUGGCUGCCGUUCCAGAUGGUGAUCGUCGUGGACCUGGUGUGCGGCUCCCACCUGGUCUCCUCCCUCCGCGGGCUGUGCCUGUCGCUGCCCAUGUUCGCCUCCUCCGCGCUCAACCCCUGGGUGUACGGCUACCGCAACGGGGAGGUCCGCGCCGCGGUGCAGCGCGUGCUCGGCGAGAUGCUGACCAAGGUGGGGCUGUCUUCGCCACACCUGGGCUGUCCCCACCUGGUGACGACGGGGGCCGACGCCGAGCUCAACAGCUUCGCGUCGAACGUGCGCCUGUGCACGCUGUCGUUCACGGCGACGCACACGCUGGCCACGCCCACGCCGACGCGGUGCUGCACCACGACCAACGCCUCGCUGCUGCACCCCGACGACGCCAUCCUGCUGCAGUCGCCGCAGACCCCGAGCGUGGACACCCCGAGCCAGCCGGCCUCGCCGUCCACCGGCAAGGCUGCCUCCUCACCACUAACGCCACCUGCGCCGCCGCCGCCCCCGAGCAGGACGCUGAGGGCCCUCGCGGGGCACGCGGCCUCGCACACCGCGGUCAUCACGCUCGCCCAGACAGUCAUCGAACUGCGAGUCCCCGUUCAAGUGCCAAACGCCGCGGCCACCUCGCUCAACAAGGUGCACCACGUUUAGGGACUAGCCGCCGUGGAGCUACCCCACGCCCUAGCCCACGCCAGUGCCAUGGCGGCGAUACUCCCCGACCGUAGGUUGGCUGUGUCUUCAAGUGACUGUGAUUCAAGGAAACUCGUGCGGCCAUUUGAUGAUUUUCUUUCGUUGUUCGGUUUUGCAGUUGAAGUGUGAAACUUAAACCUCGCGCUCGCCGGAUAGAGGACGUGUUCUCAUUGAUAAUCAAGAUAUUAGUUCAGUGUGCCACACGUAGUCUCGAAGUCCACAGCCCCGUGUCACGGGCCGCGCUCUAACUAUCGCUUGUAGCAGCUCAAAGCGGUCUUACGCUCAGUGGCAAGUUCAUAAUGCUACUUCUCCAGUGUGGCCAUGAGAUCCUCGUUUUCCUAGUUUUUCAGAUGGAUGAAGGUUGACCCCCAAUCAGUCUUUGUCCUCCCACUGUUCCCUCAGUUGUGGCCAUCCCGUUCAACCGUGAACUCUCCUUAAUAGAUAGGUAUACUUCACGUUUUUAUGAUGAAGGAUCUAUUUUCUACUGUCGU